ACUUCAAAACAGAGAGCAUUUUCAAAACAAUGCGAACUGAUUUAAAUUUUUCCUUCUAAAAGUUAAUGUAAAUUGCGUGUUUUGAGUGUUAGGUUUUAGUAAAAACAUUUCAAAAUGGGAUUUUUAACCAUCCUGAAGAAAAUGAAGCAAAAGGAGAAGGAGAUGCGCAUCUUGUUGCUUGGCCUCGACAACGCCGGUAAAACCACAAUCCUGAAGCGCUUCAACGGGGAACCGAUCGACCAGAUCUCUCCGACGCUGGGCUUCAACAUCAAAACGCUCGAGUACAACAACUACACGCUAAACAUGUGGGACGUGGGUGGCCAAAAGUCGCUCCGGUCGUACUGGCGAAACUACUUCGAGUGCACCGACGGAGUCGUGUGGGUCGUGGACAGCACCGACCGGAUGCGGAUGGAUUCCUGCCGGGAGGAGCUGGCCGUACUGCUGCAGGAGGAACGACUGGCCGGGGCGACGCUGUUGGUGCUUGCGAACAAGCAAGACUUGCCGGGAGCGCUGACGGCGAACGAGAUCAAGGACGUGCUGCAGCUGGAAAAGAUCGAGACGCAUCACUGGGCGAUCCACGGGGUGAGUGCGGUUACUGGGGGGAAGCUGAUCGAGGCCAUCGACUGGCUGGUGGACGACAUUUCCAAGAGAAUCUUCACGCUGGAUUAGGCUCGGUAAGUCGCUAAAUUAUGUAUUUAUUAUUCCACAAAUAUACUCUCUAUUACUAUUCUUGAAA